CGCGAAGCCAGAGACAGGAGGGUAUGCAGGAGAAACCAAGGGAACUACAAUCCCGGCCUUCCUUGCGCGUACGACAGCAAACCUGGAGCGAAAGAGGUUGGAGUUUGGAUUCGGACCACAACUCCCAGCACCCUCCGCGAUGUCUGUCCUUUUCUUUCAUAACGCGGAGGAAAAGAAGGACAAGAUGAAUGGAGGCCUUUUGGUGUUUGUUCUCCGAAAGGCGGGAAAGGCGAACUACACCUCCCGACUGGCCGCGCGCGGCUGCGCCUGCGCCCUGUUACCUGUCGCCAUCUUGCCCCUUCAGAGGCACCGCAAACAAACCCAAUUCCUGGUGUCCCCUAGUCUUGGCGGAGGAGCCUUUUAGAUGAGCCCCGAAAGGCCGGGCAGGGAGGACAAGCUCUUUGGGGCUACCAAACAGAAGCAGCAAUGCCUGUUGUGUGGCCAACCCUUUUGGAUCUCAGCAGGGAUGAAUGCAAAAGGAUUCUUCGAAAAUUGGAAUUGGAGGCAUAUGCUGGAGUUAUCAGUGCACUUCGGGCACAGGGGGAUCUCACCAAGGAAAAGAAAGAUCUUCUUGGAGAACUAUCAAAAGUUCUUAGCAUCUCAACAGAACGCCACCGUGCUGAAGUUCGGAGAGCAGUAAACGAUGAACGGUUAACAACAAUUGCACAUAAAAUGAAUUUAUCCUUAUAUUUGGGUGAAAGACCAAGUUACAGUAUGUCUGGACCUAAUAGCUCUUCAGAAUGGUCCAUUGAAGGUCGUCGAUUGGUACCACUGAUGCCCCGGCUCGUUCCCCAAACCGCCUUUACUGUAACAGCUAAUGCUGUUGCUAAUGCAGCUAUCCAGCAUAAUGCAUCUCUUCCAGUGCCUGCAGAAACAGGAAGCAAGGAAGUGGUUUGCUAUUCCUACACAAGUACCACGUCAACCCCAACCUCUACCCCUGUUCCAAGUGGCAGCAUAGCAACGGUUAAGUCUCCAAGACCUGCCAGUCCUGCCUCCAAUGUAGUUGUCUUGCCAAGUGGAAGUACUGUUUAUGUCAAAAGUGUAAGCUGUUCAGAUGAAGAUGAAAAACCCAGAAAACGAAGGCGAACAAACUCUUCCAGCUCCUCUCCUGUUGUUCUAAAGGAAGUUCCAAAGGCCGUUGUUCCAGUCUCAAAGACGAUCACUGUGCCUGUGAGUGGUAGUCCCAAGAUGAGCAACAUCAUGCAGAGCAUUGCCAACUCCUUACCACCCCACAUGUCUCCUGUGAAAAUAACCUUCACUAAACCGUCAACACAGACAACAAACACAACAACACAGAAGGUUAUUAUAGUCACCACAUCACCAAGCUCAACCUUCGUGCCCAACAUUCUCUCCAAAUCCCAUAACUAUGCAGCAGUCACUAAGCUUGUACCAACAUCAGUCAUUGCUUCUACAACCCAGAAGCCGCCAGUUGUUAUAACUGCUUCACAGUCCUCUCUGGUCAGUAAUAGCAGCAGUGGCAGCAGCAGUUCUACACCAUCACCUAUUCCUAAUACAGUUGCAGUAACAGCUGUGGUGUCCUCUACACCAUCUGUGGUCAUGUCAACAGUAGCACAAGGUGUAUCUACAUCAGCAAUCAAAAUGGCAUCAACCAGACUUCCUUCCCCCAAAAGCUUAGUGAGUGCCCCAACUCAGAUUCUUGCACAGUUCCCUAAACAACAUCAACAGUCUCCUAAGCAGCAGUUAUAUCAAGUGCAACAGCAGACACAGCAACAAGUGGCCCAGCCUUCUCCAGUAUCUCAUCAGCAACAGCCUCAGCAGUCUCCUUUGCCACCUGGUAUUAAACCUACCAUCCAAAUCAAACAGGAGUCAGGUGUUAAAAUCAUCACACAACAGGUUCAACCAAGUAAAAUCUUACCCAAACCAGUGACAGCAACUCUACCCACCAGUAGCAAUUCCCCUAUUAUGGUGGUUAGCAGUAAUGGUGCAAUUAUGACAACUAAACUGGUAACCACUCCUACUGGCACACAAGCAACCUAUACCCGGCCAACAGUGAGCCCAUCCAUUGGUCGGAUGGCUGCAACCCCUGGAGCUGCAACCUAUGUGAAAACUACGAGUGGUAGCAUCAUUACAGUAGUACCCAAAUCAUUAGCUACCUUGGGGGGCAAGAUAAUUAGCAGUAAUAUAGUUUCUGGAACGACUACCAAAAUCACUACAAUCCCAAUGACUUCCAAGCCCAACGUGAUUGUUGUACAAAAGACUACAGGAAAAGGAACGACCAUUCAAGGCCUCCCGGGCAAAAAUGUUGUCACAACGUUGCUAAAUGCUGGAGGAGAAAAGACUAUUCAGACAGUGCCAACAGGAGCAAAGCCAGCUAUCCUCACUGCUACAAGACCCAUCACCAAAAUGAUUGUAACACAGCCAAAAGGAAUAGGUUCUACAGUUCAACCAGCAGCUAAAAUCAUCCCAACAAAAAUUGUUUAUGGGCAGCAAGGGAAAACGCAGGUUCUUAUUAAACCCAAACCAGUGACUUUUCAAGCGACAGUUGUUAGUGAACAAACAAGACAGCUAGUAACAGAAACAUUGCAGCAGGCAUCCAGGGUAGCAGAGGCUGGUAAUUCAUCUAUUCAGGAAGGAAAAGAAGAGCCACAGAAUUAUACAGAUAGUAGUUCCUCUUCUACAGAGUCCUCCCAGAGUUCCCAAGAUUCCCAGCCUGUAGUUCAUGUAAUUGCUUCCCGGCGUCAGGAUUGGUCAGAACAUGAGAUUGCAAUGGAGACUAGCCCUACCAUAAUUUAUCAGGAUGUAUCCAGUGAAUCACAAUCAGCUACUUCAACAAUCAAAGCUCUGUUAGAACUCCAACAGACAACAGUAAAGGAAAAAUUGGAAUCUAAACCAAGACAACCCACUAUUGACCUGAGUCAAAUGGCAGUGCCUAUUCAGAUGACCCAGGAAAAGAGACAUUCUCCUGAGAGUCCAUCAAUUGCUGUGGUAGAGUCAGAACUAGUAGCUGAAUACAUCACUACUGAACGCACUGAUGAGGGGACAGAGGUUGCUUUUCCCCUUCUAGAUGCUGUGGUGAUUUCUGGAGAAAUAUCAUCACCUCCUCUAUUUUCAGUCAGCCAUCGCUCCCAGCCCCAACAGCCUUCCCAGCCCCAGCGGACCCUGCUCCAGCAUGUGGCUCAGUCACAGACCGCAACACAGACUUCGGUGGUGGUGAAGUCCAUCCCAGCAUCUUCCCCUGGAGCAAUCACCCACAUUAUGCAGCAGGCAUUAAGCAGUCACACUGCUUUUACCAAACACAGCGAGGAACUUGGAACUGAGGAGGGCGAGGUUGAAGAGAUGGACACUUUAGACCCUCAGACAGGUCUGUUUUACCGAUCUGCCCUGACUCAGUCACAGUCAGCUAAACAGCAGAAACUUAGCCAGCCCCCGCUGGAACAGACUCAGCUGCAAGUGAAAACUCUGCAGUGCUUCCAGACUAAACAGAAGCAGACCAUCCACCUGCAGGCAGACCAGCUCCAGCACAAACUCCCACAAAUGCCCCAGCUUUCCAUCAGGCAUCAAAAACUCACCCCUCUCCAGCAAGAACAAGCACAGCCCAAGCCAGAUGUACAGCACACACAGCAUCCCAUGGUGGCCAAAGACAGGCAGCUUCCUACCUUAAUGGCACAGCCCCCGCAAACUGUAGUACAGGUGCUUGCAGUGAAAACUACGCAGCAGCUCCCUAAACUGCAGCAGGCUCCGAACCAACCAAAAAUCUACGUGCAACCCCAAACCCCCCAGAGCCAAAUGUCGCUCCCAGCUUCGUCAGAGAAACAGACGGCAAGCCAGGUGGAGCAGCCAAUUAUAACCCAAGGAUCCUCUGUUACAAAGAUAACUUUUGAGGGGCGCCAGCCUCCCACAGUUACAAAGAUAACUGGUGGCAGUUCUGUGCCUAAGCUGACAUCACCAGUUACAAGCAUAUCUCCCAUUCAGGCCUCUGAGAAGACAGCAGUGUCUGACAUUUUGAAAAUGUCUUUGAUGGAAGCUCAGAUUGAUACAAAUGUAGAACAUAUGAUAGUGGAUCCCCCAAAGAAGGCUCUUGCCACUAGCAUGCUCACUGGUGAAGCAGGAGCAUUACCCUCCACCCACAUGGUGGUGGCAGGGAUGGCGAACUCCACUCCCCAGCAACAGAAAUGUAGAGAGUCCUGUUCAAGUCCAUCCACUGUUGGCUCUUCCCUAACGACAAGGAAAAUUGAUCCACCAGCGGUGCCUGCGACAGGCCAGUUCAUGCGUAUUCAGAAUGUAGGCCAAAAGAAAGCUGAAGAGAGUCCAGCAGAAAUUAUCAUCCAGGCUAUUCCUCAGUAUGCUAUUCCUUGUCACUCCAGCUCCAAUGUGGUGGUGGAGCCCAGUGGGCUUCUUGAGCUAAACAACUUCACUAGUCAACAGCUGGACGAUGAGGAGACAGCAAUGGAGCAGGACAUAGACAGUAGCACGGAGGAUGGAACUGAACCCAGCCCUUCUCAGAGCUCUGCUGAACGGUCCUAGUGUUUGGACACAAUAGUGCACUUUAAAACCUACUUGGUUACCAAGUGUCCAGGGAAACCCUUGUAUUUUGAUGACUAAAAAGAGCACUUUGCCCGUACUUAGGCUGUGGACCCUAAAACAGCAGUGUUUCAACAAGAUAUUGCUGCAGGAGCAGCUUUUUAAAACAAGAUAAAACUCACAGGGGAAUGUACUUUUUUAAAAAAAAAUGAAAAAGAAAAAAAAAGCUGCACAUUUACAGUGACUUAAGACCUGGUCUUCUUUCUCUGUUGGAUCAUGGCCGGUGAAAAAGUUUUGUCUUGCAGUGGAAAGAGACUUCCUGUGAAUGUUUCUCACCUGGUUUCUACUGAGCAAAAUACCAUCUAAAAGGAGAAUGUGAAUAGUUGUAUUUUGAAAUGAUGUGUCAGGAAAAGUUUUUUAAAAACUUGUAUGUUUUUGCAAAUCCCUGGAAGUGUUGAAUUGGUUAAAAUUUUACAUUUGCUCAGUUCAUAAUUAGUUUAUAAACACCUAGAAUAAUACUGGCAUUAAAGAAUCCUUGUUGGAUGGUAGAAAUCAGAUCCCUAACCAGUGGGAAGUACUUUUUGGGUGGCUUGUGCAUUCUUAUCAGUUGUGUGCUAAUUUAUUGUAUUGUUCCUUUGUGCUCUAAGCAGCACACUUGCCUUCUAUUUAUUUAAGUGUAAACAUUUCAAAGCAGGCCGUACUCCUUCUGACAAAUUUCUUGUAAACCAGGAUUGCCUACGCUUUCCACUUUCGUCGUCUCCCCACUUUCCCUCUUCCUUUAAGAAAACUUACUAAAAAUGUUUCAUUGCGAAGCAGAGGAAAAGAAACAUUUUCAGACCUAAAGGAAAUGUUCGGUCAUGUUAAGAAAACAAAUUAUUCAUUCAUAUGAUGCUUUCUUAUCGUUGAAAUUGCACAUUCACAUUGGACUGAGACUUUGAAAAUAACUUUUACAUACUUUUGUUUAAGCCCCUUUGAAAUGUAUAAAAAAUUCAUUUACAGUUCUAAAUGUAAUGUUUUUAAGCCUUCUAUCUUUUUAGGACACAGUUUGUUUAAGCAAUAUGUUUUGGUCUUGUGAUCACUGUCUGUCACAAGUAGAGUGAAAGGGGUAAGGGGGUGGGAGGGUAAGAGUUUUGACAAGUUGUGGCAAAGGAAACUAUACUUUUCAUUUUUAAAAAUGUAAAUAGAAAAGUUUUUAACGGUUUUAUAUAGAUUUCACUAUAAAUAAGCAUUUUAAGACUGACAAAUGUUGAACUGUACAUACAUUUAUCAGCAUAACUGCCCAGUUUUUUGGUGCUGAAGUACUGUAAGUAGAAUUCAUCAACAGUCUCCUAAUUUUUGCAUCUACAUCUGGGGGGAAAAAAAGCUGUGAUACUAUAGUUAAUAAAUUCCCACUAGAGUGACACUGAAGAUUUAAACACAAGCAUUCAUAAGAUGCACUGGUCUCUGGUGGUUGUCACUAGUUCUGCUAGGUGAUAAUGAUUUACCCAUAGAUGGAGCUGUUGGAUAUUAUUUUAUUGUACAAAUUCAUGUUUAAAAAACUUUGUGACUGUUUCUAGUUAAGUAAUUUUUUAACCUUUCUUGGGUCAUAGACUUCUUUGGUAAACUAUGAACUCUCACCAAAAAGAUACACAUGCAACAUGUUAAAUACAUGUUAGACUUUGCAUACAAUUUUAGGGGCUCAUGGGCCUCUAAGCCUAUCCAUGUAUUCCAGGUUAAGCCCUCUGUUAUGGUCAAUCCAUUACUUACAGAUUAAGUUUUUAUAAAAUAAAGUAUCUUUUAAAUA